AAUGGAGAACACCUACAGUAAGUAUCUCCAUGCUAAAAUCCGAGCAAUUCUCACUCUAUUCCACCUCUCCUUCUUCGUCUGCCACCUUGCCUACGGCGUCAAUGGUAACUCACCUUAUUCUUAUAAUGCAACAGAAAACAUACUUCUCGCUUGUGGCUCGUCUCACAGCUUCCUCUCUGAAGAUCAAACACGGAUGUGGUUUGGAGAUAAUAGCUCUCAAUACUUGCCCCUGUUUGAAACCCAAUAUAACGCUUCGAUAGCCUCUGCGGCACCUCAAAAUCCAAGAAGCAGUUCCGAGAAAUACUUCUUGCAAGCACGACUCUCUCAUUGGCCAUUUACCUACAUAUUCAACCUCACGGCGGGUCAAAAGUUCAUCCGCUUGUACUUCUAUCCAACUUUGUAUCCAGAAUUUGACAACUCGAAAGCUUUCUUCUCUGUUAAAGCAGGUUCUUUUACCCUCUUAAGCAACUUCAGUGCUUCAUUUACGGCUGCUGCCAUAGGCCAAGACACCUUUUUCAAAGAAUUCUGCCUCAAUGUGGAAGAAGGUGAAAAGUUAAACAUAACCUUUACUCCGAGUCCAGACUAUCAACAGGCAUACGCAUUUGUCAACGGAAUUGAAAUAGUAUCCAUGCCUACCAAUCUUUAUUACACCGAAGCAAGCAGUAAGGCAUUAAAAUUUCUACACCGGCCCACAGAUCCUACAUACAGUAUCGAAAACAGCACAGCCCUGGAGACCGUAUACAGAGUAAAUAUCGGCGGCAGGCUGAUCUCCCCACACCAAGACACCGGCAUGUUUCGAACCUGGUUUGGCAGUUACGCGGAUUACUUGACAUAUGCUAGACCAGGCUAUCUUCGCUUUAACUCUAGUAUGCCUCUCAAUUUCAGCAAGAUGGCUAAUUACACUGCUCCAGCUGUAGUCUAUCGAACCGCUAUGACGAUGGGACUGGACCAGGAAAUUAAUGCAAACUAUAGCCUCACUUGGGAGUUUCCAGUGGAUUCCGCGUUUACCUAUUUUGUCAGGCUUCAUUUUUGUGAGUUUCAGAUAGAGAUAACAAAAGUUGGUGAUAGAGUGUUUCAGGUCGACAUAGCAAAUGAGACUGCCGAAAAUCAUUUAGACAUAAUUGCUUUGGGUAAUGGUAAUGGUGUUCCAAUAUACAAAGAUUACGCUGUGAUUAUCAAAGGAAAAGGGAAUGAAAAGAAGCUGAAUCUCUCUGUUGCUCUGCACCCAACAGCCAAGUGGAUGAGUACCUACUCUGAUGCUACCUUGAGUGGCGUUGAAAUCUUCAAAGUGGACAAUUAUGGAAAUCUCGCGGGACCUAAUCCUGAUGCUCUGAUCAACAGCCCACAGGUUAUGUCAACAAGUCCAAAAUCAACAAAACCCAAGAUUAGUCCUACAAUUAUAAUUUCAGUCAUUGGUAUUGUUGUAUCCAGCUUUGUCUUCGUACUCUCUAUUGCAGUUUUAUUCAUUUUUCGGUGUAAAUGGAAAACAAAAAGCUCAGUUUCCGUUCCAAUUUCUUUUCCUACGAACAGGUCAAGCCAGCCCUGCGGCUCAUCUCAAUUACCAUCUUAUCUUUCUUCACACUUUUCGCUAUCUGAAAUCAAAGUGGCUACAAACAACUUUGACGAUAUUCUAAUUAUCGGGAAUGGCGGGUUUGGUAACGUGUACAAAGGCUGGCUUAUUAAUAAUGAGGCCACUCCUGUUGCAAUCAAACGGCUAAAUCCAGGGUCACAACAGGGUGCCGUGGAAUUUUCAACAGAGAUUGAAAUGCUCUCCCAGCUCAGACACCGUCAUUUGGUCUCUCUAAUUGGUUAUUGCGAUGACGGUGGUGAAAUGAUCCUCGUAUACGAUUACAUGGCUCGUGGAACCCUACGAGAUCAUCUCUAUAACACCGAUAAUCCCCCUCUUUCAUGGAAUCAACGGCUUCAGAUUUGCAUAGGUGCAGCACGUGGGCUUCAUUAUCUUCAUACUGGCGCGAAGCACACUAUCAUUCAUCGUGAUGUGAAGACAACAAAUAUUUUGUUAGAUGAGAGAUGGGUGGCCAAGGUUUCAGAUUUCGGAUUGUCCAAAAUAGGACCCUCUAGCAUGUCCCAAACUCAUGUUAGUACAAUGGUGAAGGGCACUUUCGGAUACUUAGAUCCCGAGUACUUUCUUUUGCAAGAGCUGACAGAAAAAUCUGAUGUUUACUCAUUCGGUGUAGUGUUGUUUGAAGUUUUGUGUGCUAGACCACUUGUACUUCGAGCGCUGGAUAGGAAGCAAGCGAGUUUGGCUGUUUGGGCCCAAGAUUGUUAUAACAAUGGAACAUUUGAUCAGAUUGUUGAUCCAUUUUUGAAGGAUAAUAUAGGACCUGAGAGUCUGAAGAAAUUUGGUGAAGUAGCAGUGAGCUGCUUGCAUGAAGAUAGGAACAAACGACCAUCAAUGAAUGAAGUGGUGCAUGGACUUGAGUUUGCAUUGCAACUUCAGAAAAGUGAGGAUAAGGAUGACGAAGUUGGUGAGAUUGAUAAGGGGAAAAUGCCUGUUGAGAACUAUGGAACUGAUGAUGAUAGCGAUCUUUUGUUCACCGAUUAUUUGGAAUUUUAAAGAGCGAUCAAUCUGUGACCAUAGCAACUCGUUAUUAUCAAAGUUUUUCUAUCAAAUGUACAUGUCUCGAUCAAUCUGUGACCAUAGAACUCUGUUUGAAUGUCUGAGUCAUCUGAUCAUCUCCAGGAUUACUUCCUCUCUUUUCUUCGACACCAAGAAUGGUACAAUGCUGCAUUUGAAGAUCAAAAGCAACUAGCAUAAGAAACCUAGACCAAAUCAAGGAGACAGGAUAAUGUUAAUUUUACAACAGUUUCUUUUUCCACCCACGACCAAACCGUGUUGUACCCUUACAUGUUACAGAAAAAGCACGUUUUAUCUUGCUCCAAAAUUUCAGCUUUAGCAUUGACUCUUCUCCAUUAUUUCGACUAUCAUCCAUUAUUUUUACUCAAUUAUCCGGCGAGCAGGAGAAGUCAAGGAAGUCAAGGACUCAGAUUCCAGCACUAUAGGGGCGUCAUUCUGAGCCCCAUUUUCUUCAUCCACGAUCAAGUCAACCAAAGUCUCGUAGCUCAUCUCUACCGUCCAAUCUUUGUUCCCACUUCUCGCUCUCUGCAAUUAAAGCGACUUUCGAUCAAUCAUUAUUGCAGUGUGGAUAGCUCUGAGAUCAUGGACAAGAAAAUUAAGUUAUAU